GCCAGCGACUAUGGAGGUCUCACUCUACCAAAAGCACGAAGGUGUUUUCAAGACAAUAUCAUGCAUCGUACACGCCGUAGGAGCUGUCCACUUCACCUUCGGCUGCUACUACGACUGGUUCGAAGUAAACAUCCCCAAGGAAGUGUCACCCAUCUUCGCCGCUUUCGGCUACAAGUUGAAGUUCCUCACCUAUUGGGAUGCUCUGCUGCAAGCAACAUAUUUCAUAUUGGCGACUGUCAACGACAUCCUCGGACCGAAAGACAAACAUACCGAGGAACCUACGAUGUUGUGUAAAGUAAGGGACUUCGUUGAAUGUAGUAUGGCAUUCCCGGUGUCCAUGUUUGUAGGCUUCACAUUUUGGUCUUUAAUGGCAGUCGACCGUGAGUUAGUCCUGCCUAAAGCUUUGGACCCAUAUUUCCCACCUUGGUUAAAUCAUGUAAUGCAUACAAACAUCGUGAUUUUUCAAUUCCUCGAGAUUACCACUUCGAGGAGAGACUUUCCACCUAAGAAAUGGGGUUUACUUGGUCUAUCUGUAUUCCAAGGUCUCUAUCUUGUAUGGAUGAAUAUCGUAUUUUUUGUGAGCGGACUAUGGGCAUAUCCUAUACUAAAUGUCCUUGGUGUUCCAGCAAGGAUUCUAUUCCUUACAGCAUCAUUUUUUACUGGAUUUUUGUUUUAUUUCUUUGGGGAAUACCUCAACAGAUUCCUAUGGGCUGAAGAAAAGCCUACGAGUCACCCGAAUGUUAAAUAUAGUAAAUAAAAAUGUGUUAAAACAGAGAUGAUUUCCAGGAAAAAAAAAUGAAGCCCAGCCAGUUCAAAAAUGUAAAAACUAGUCCUCCAAACUUGUGGAUUAAAACAAAAUUAUUUAAUUUUUAGUUUUUUAUUAUAAAAUUUGUAAACAGCUGUAUAUUUGCAAUUUUUGUAUUACUUGUUUAUAUUAAAGAAAAUCUGGUUUAUAAGGGCUUAAUACUAAAUUUUCUCACUGCCUUCAGUGGCAUAUAAGUAAGCUCUUUUGAAGUAUUAGAAAAGCGGUGAGUAUGAUUUUUAAAAAACAGUUCCAAUUGCCAAGCUUUAAGUAGGGUAUCCUCUCCGUGUCUCCUUCAGACUUCAAACUGUUGAUGAUCUGUUAUCAGCUCUUUUAAAAUUUUUAAAAGUGAUAUUUUUCAUAAUAAAACAUUUUAUUUUAUUCUUAUUAUUUUGUCUAUCUGACCAAUUUUAUUGGAGGUUUAGCUGUGAGAUUUUUUUUAGUGCAAAGCAAUGCAUUACUUAGUGUUGAGCCCAUAUAAACUAGGCCUAAAACUUAUACAAUUCUUUCUAUAGUGAUGAAUUAAUAGAAUAUCACUUAGGCUUUAUUUUGGAUAAUUUGCAUUAGCAUGACAGUCAAUCAUAUUUAUUGGCCUUAAAUACUAGUACUUAAGAAUAAAUUAGUAUUAAGUGCCUGAAAACAUAGAAAGUAAUGAUCUAUGGCUGUUAAAAGUAUAAAAAAAGAGUUAGUGAUUUCCAUUUUAUUUUGUUUUUCAUUUUAAUACAUUUUUAGAGGUUCUUUUGUAUAUUUUCUGAAACAUGUACAUAUAAAAAUAUGUAAAAAAAAACAAAACAUGAUUUUAAUAUUUUCUCUACCUAUAAUUAGGUAAGCCAAAGUAAACACACCAAACAUAUGUGAAAUACACUUUGACUGUAACAAUAAAAAAUAGAGCUAAAUAGUUUCAAAACGUAGAUAUUUAAUCGGGGGAAAGUGUGAUACUUGAAUGAUAAACAUAGAUUUAGUUACAAGACGUUUGUAUAAUAAUCAUAUUCAAAUGUCAUAUAUUGUAUUCAAAGACUACUAGGUUAUAAACUGUUGACACAGAAUGUGUAUAAAACUCUUAUAUUUAUUGUUGUUUAGUACUUAAGAAGUAAAAGUUGAAUAUUUAAAGUUUAGAUUUAUAAACAGAGGAUUUUGAUAUAGGAAAAGUUUUUUUAAUGAAUAAUUUGUACAUAAAUGUUAAUGAGAAAUUAUAUUAAAAUUUUGAAUAA